AUGGCGGCGGCUUCCGUCUUCCUUCCCGGGUUUCGGCACCAGUGUGGUUUGGUGAAAGUGAAAGAGGAAAGAAAAGAUCUGAUUGAAGUGGAGGAGAAACAUCAGCAUCAGAAAGAUCAUGACGUCCCUGGAGAAGAAUCAAUGAGUUGCAGCAUUCAAAAAAAAGAAGUCAAAAAACCUUUCAGCUGCUCUCAGUGUGAGAAAACUUUCACACGUAAAAGCAGCCUUAAGGAUCACAUGAUGACUCAUGCUAGAAUAAAGUCUUUCAGCUGCUCUCAGUGUGGAAAGAGUUUUACACGUAAAGGAAGCCUUAAGAAGCACAUGUUAAUUCAUACCGGAAUAAAGGCUUUUGUCUGCUCUCAGUGUGGAAAGAGUUUUACACUUAAAACACUCCUUACUGAACAUUUAGAAACUCACAGUUCAGUAAAGCCUUUCAGCUGCUCUCAAUGUGGAAACACUUUCACACGUAAACGAAGCCUUAAGAGGCACAUGUUAAUUCAUACCGGAAUAAAGGCUUUUGUCUGCUCUCAGUGUGGAAAGAGUUUUACACUUAAAACACUCCUUACUGAACAUUUAGAAACUCACAGUUCAGUAAAGCCUUUCAGCUGCUCUCAGUGUGGAAAAACUUUCACAUGUAAAGGAAGCCUUAAGAGGCACAUGUUAAUUCAUACCGGAAUAAAGGCUUUCAGCUGCUCUCAGUGUGGAAAGAGUUUCACUCAUAAAACAUACCUUAAUGAACAUUUAGUAACUCACAGUUCAGUAAAGCCUUUCAGCUGCUCUCAGUGUGGAAAAACUUUCACAUGUAAAGGAAGCCUUAAGAGGCACAUGUUAAUUCAUACCGGAAUAAAGCCUUUCAGCUGCUCUCAGUGUGGAAAGAGUUUCGUACAUAAAGAUAACCUUAAAAUUCACAUGUUAAUUCAUACCGGAAUAAAGGCUUUCGUCUGCUCUCAGUGUGGAAAGAGCUUCACACAUAAAGGAAGCCUUGAGAAGCACAUGUUAAUUCAUACCGGACUAAAAGCUUUCAGCUGCUCUCAGUGUGGAAAGAGUUUUACACAUAAAACAACCCUUAAUGAACAUUUAGUAACUCACAGUUCAGUAAAGCCUUUCAGCUGCUCUCAGUGUGGAAACACUUUCACACGUAAAACAAGCCUUGAGACUCACAUUAGAAUUCAUACCGGAAUAAAGCCUUUCAGCUGCUCUCAGUGUGGAAAGAGUUUCACCUGUAAAAGGGGAAUUAACACUCACAUGAGCAUUCACACUGGAGAGACGCCUUAUGCGUGUCAUGUGUGA